GCAGGGCUGGGUGUGUCAGACUGUGUGGUGAGGGGAUCACCCUGUGAUUAGUUCUGAGUGGUACAGGGUGUGCAGCUCUGAGUGUGAGUGUGUCAGUGUGUACUGGGGGGACUGGUGUGCUUCAGUGAAACCGUGAGGGAUAAACUGUGUGUUAGGGACCAAGUGUGUGUUACAUUGUGGGAGGGGUCGGGUGUGAGUUACAAUGUGGAAGGGGCCGAGUGUGAGUUACAAUGUAGGAGAGGCCCAGUGUGAGUUACCGUGUGGGAGGGGCUGAGUGUGAGUAAUAGUGUGGGAGGGUCCGAGUGUGAGUUACAGUGUGGGAGAGGCCGAGUGUUGCAUUGUGGUGGGAGCUGAGUGUGUGAUACAUUGUGUUAGGGGCCAAGUGUGAGAUAGUGUGGGAGGGGCCGAGUGUGAGUUACCGUGUGGAAGGGUCCGAGUGUGAGUUACAAUGUGGGAGAGGCCAAAUGUUACAUUGUGGUAGGAGCUGAGUGUGUGAUACAUUGUGUUAGGGGCCAAGUGUGAGAUAGUGUGGGAGGGUCCGAGUGUGAGUUACCGUGUGGGAGGGGCCGAGUGUGAGUUACAGUGUGGGAGGGGCCGAGUGUGAGUUACAGUGUGGAAGGAGCCGAGUGUGAGUUACAAUGUGGGAGAGGCCAAAUGUUACAUUGUGGUAGGAGCUGAGUGUGUGAUACAUUGUGUUAGGGGCCAAGUGUGAGUUACCGUGUGGGAGGGUCCGAGUGUGUGAUACAUUGUGUUAGGGGCCAAGUGUGAGAUAGUGUGGGAGGGUCCGAGUGUGAGUUACAAUGUGGGAGAGGCCUAGUGUUACAUUGUGGUAGGAGCUGAGUGUGUGAUACAUUGUGUUAGGGGCCAAGUGUGAGAUAGUGUGGGAGGGGCUGAGUGUGAGUUAUAGUGUGGGAGGGUCCGAGUGUGAGUUACCGUGUGGGAGGGUCCGAGUGUGAGUUACAAUGUGGGAGGGGCCGAGUGUGAGUUACAGUGUAGGAGGGGUCGAGUGUUACAUUGUGGUAGGAGCUGAGUGUGUGAUACAUUGUGUUAGGGGCCAAGUGUGAGUUACCGUGUGGGAGGGUCCGAGUGUGUGAUACAUUGUGUUAGGGGCCAAGUGUGAGAUAGUGUGGGAGGGUCCGAGUGUGAGUUACCGUGUGGGAGGGGCCGAGUGUGAGUUACAGUGUGGAAGGAGCCGAGUGUGAGUUACAGUGUGGGAGGGGUCGAGUGUUACAUUGUGGUAGGAGCUGAGUGUGUGAUUCAUUGUGUUAGGGGCCAAGUGUGAGUUACAGUGUGGGAGGGGUCGAGUGUUACAUUGUGGUAGGAGCUGAGUGUGUGAUUCAUUGUGUUAGGGGCCAAGUGUGAGUUACAGUGUGGGAGGGGCUGAGUGUGAGUUAUAGUGUGGGAGGGUCCGAGUGUGUGAUACAUUGUGUUAGGGGCCAAGUGUGAGAUAGUGUGGGAGGGUCCGAGUGUGAGUUACAAUGUGGGAGAGGCCUAGUGUUACAUUGUGGUAGGAGCUGAGUGUGUGAUACAUUGUGUUAGGGGCCAAGUGUGAGAUAGUGUGGGAGGGGCUGAGUGUGAGUUAUAGUGUGGGAGGGUCCGAGUGUGAGUUACCGUGUGGGAGGGUCCGAGUGUGAGUUACAAUGUGGGAGGGGCCGAGUGUGAGUUACAGUGUAGGAGGGGUCGAGUGUUACAUUGUGGUAGGAGCUGAGUGUGUGAUACAUUGUGUUAGGGGCCAAGUGUGAGUUACCGUGUGGGAGGGUCCGAGUGUGUGAUACAUUGUGUUAGGGGCCAAGUGUGAGAUAGUGUGGGAGGGUCCGAGUGUGAGUUACCGUGUGGGAGGGGCCGAGUGUGAGUUACAGUGUGGAAGGAGCCGAGUGUGAGUUACAAUGUGGGAGAGGCCAAAUGUUACAUUGUGGUAGGAGCUGAGUGUGUGAUUCAUUGUGUUAGGGGCCAAGUGUGAGUUACAGUGUGGGAGGGGCUGAGUGUGAGUUAUAGUGUGGGAGGGUCCGAGUGUGUGAUACAUUGUGUUAGGGGCCAAGUGUGAGAUAGUGUGGGAGGGUCCGAGUGUGAGUUACAAUGUGGGAGAGGCCUAGUGUUACAUUGUGGUAGGAGCUGAGUGUGUGAUACAUUGUGUUAGGGGCCAAGUGUGAGAUAGUGUGGGAGGGGCUGAGUGUGAGUUAUAGUGUGGGAGGGUCCGAGUGUGAGUUACCGUGUGGGAGGGUCCGAGUGUGAGUUACAAUGUGGGAGAGGCCAAAUGUUACAUUGUGGUAGGAGCUGAGUGUGUGAUACAUUGUGUUAGGGGCCAAGUGUGAGAUAGUGUGGGAGGGUCCGAGUGUGAGUUACCGUGUGGGAGGGGCCGAGUGUGAGUUACAGUGUGGAAGGAGCCGAGUGUGAGUUACAAUGUGGGAGAGGCCAAAUGUUACAUUGUGGUAGGAGCUGAGUGUGUGAUACAUUGUGUUAGGGGCCAAGUGUGAGUUACCGUGUGGGAGGGUCCGAGUGUGUGAUACAUUGUGUUAGGGGCCAAGUGUGAGAUAGUGUGGGAGGGGCUGAGUGUGAGUUAUAGUGUGGGAGGGUCCGAGUGUGAGUUACCGUGUGGGAGGGUCCGAGUGUGAGUUACAAUGUGGGAGGGGCCGAGUGUGAGUUACAGUGUAGGAGGGGUCGAGUGUUACAUUGUGGUAGGAGCUGAGUGUGUGAUACAUUGUGUUAGGGGCCAAGUGUGAGUUACCGUGUGGGAGGGUCCGAGUGUGUGAUACAUUGUGUUAGGGGCCAAGUGUGAGAUAGUGUGGGAGGGUCCGAGUGUGAGUUACCGUGUGGGAGGGGCCGAGUGUGAGUUACAGUGUGGAAGGAGCCGAGUGUGAGUUACAGUGUGGGAGGGGUCGAGUGUUACAUUGUGGUAGGAGCUGAGUGUGUGAUUCAUUGUGUUAGGGGCCAAGUGUGAGUUACAGUGUGGGAGGGGUCGAGUGUUACAUUGUGGUAGGAGCUGAGUGUGUGAUUCAUUGUGUUAGGGGCCAAGUGUGAGUUACAGUGUGGGAGGGGCUGAGUGUGAGUUAUAGUGUGGGAGGGUCCGAGUGUGAGUUACAGUGUGGGAGAGGCCAAAUGUUACAUUGUGGUAGGAGCUGAGUGUGUGAUUCAUUGUGUUAGGGGCCAAGUGUGAGUUACAGUGUGGGAGGGGCUGAGUGUGAGUUAUAGUGUGGGAGGGUCCGAGUGUGUGAUACAUUGUGUUAGGGGCCAAGUGUGAGAUAGUGUGGGAGGGUCCGAGUGUGAGUUACAAUGUGGGAGAGGCCUAGUGUUACAUUGUGGUAGGAGCUGAGUGUGUGAUACAUUGUGUUAGGGGCCAAGUGUGAGAUAGUGUGGGAGGGGCUGAGUGUGAGUUAUAGUGUGGGAGGGUCCGAGUGUGAGUUACAGUGUGGGAGGGUCCGAGUGUGAGUUACUGUGUGGGAGGGGCCGAGUGUGAGUUACAGUGUAGGAGGGGUCGAGUGUUACAUUGUGGUAGGAGCUGAGUGUGUGAUACAUUGUGUUAGGGGCCAAGUGUGAGUUACCGUGUGGGAGGGGGCGAGUGUGAGUUACAGUGUAGGAGGGGUCGAGUGUUACAUUGUGGUAGGAGCUGAGUGUGUGAUACAUUGUGUUAGGGGCCAAGUGUGAGUUACUGUGUGGGAGGGGCCGAGUGUGAGUUACAGUGUGGGAGGGGCCGAGUGUGAGUUACAGUGUGGGAGGAGCCUAGUGUUACAUUGUGGUAGGAGCUGAGUGUGUGAUACAUUGUGUUAGGGGCCAAGUGUGAGUUACAGUGUGGGAGAGGCCGAGUGUGAGUUACAGUGUGGGAGGGGCCGAGUGUGAGUUACAGUGUGGGAGAGGCCGAGUGUGAGUUACUGUGUGGGAGGGGCCGAGUGUGAGUUACAGUGUGGGAGGGGCCGAGUGUGAGUUACAGUGUGGGAGGAGCCUAGUGUUACAUUGUGGUAGGAGCUGAGUGUGUGAUACAUUGUGUUAGGGGCCAAGUGUGAGUUACAGUGUGGGAGAGGCCGAGUGUGAGUUACAGUGUGGGAGGGGCCGAGUGUGAAUUACAGUGUGGGAGGGGCCUAGUUACAUUGUGGUAGGAGCUGAGUGUGUGAUACAUUGUGUUAGGGGCCAAGUGUGAGUUACCGUGUAGGAGGGGUCGAGUGUUACAUUGUGGUAGGAGCUGAGUGUGUGAUACAUUGUGUUAGGGGCCAAGUGUGAGUUACAGUGUGGGAGGGGUUGUGUAUGAGCUACAAUUCAGGCUUUCUUUGGUGUUCCCAGCACUUAGCACUGGGCCUCGGCACACAGUAGGUACCUACUAGUGUUUGUUAAACAUGUUGGUGACCAUGAUGAUCUUUUUUUUUUUUUUUUUUAGGUAAAUUUUCGUUUUAGAUUUCAGGGGAAUAAUUCACUUCCCUCAGGCAUCGAGGUGGUUCACUGGACAGCUUGGCCAGGGCUGGUAUCAGGGAGACUUAUCUUACUAAUCUACCACUAACUGGGUGACCCUGGACAAACCACAACCCUGUUUGCCUCAGUUUCCUCAGAUGGAGGAGAAAAUGGUGUCAGAGACAGAGACAAGUUCAUACUAGUGAACCCCAAACACCACAAAGAGUAGUCCAAGAGCUGGGAAAUAUGCAGUUGGCUUCCAGGUGUUUCAGUUGAGAAUAUCACAAAAGGUCAAGGGAUGGGGACGUUCUGGGUGAGACAUGUGUGAUUGUUUUGUGCGAAAGUAAUGACGGUUUUGUACUCGGUCAGCUGAGUCCUCUUUGGGCCGCUUUUUUGAGGUUUUCUUGGCAAAAGUAUCGGGGUGUUGGCCCGUUCCUUCUCCAGCUCCGUUUGCAGGUCAGGACCAGCGGGAAAUGUGGUGGAGUGAUUGGCCCAAGCUCACACAGCUAGUCAUUGUCUGAGGGCAGAUUUGAAAUCUUCCGAUUCCAGGCUCAUUUGUUUUUGCUAGGUGCACUUCACCUAGCAGUGGAAGGGAAUAAAGCAUAAGAUGAAAAAGUAGACCCAAAGUACUGACUUUCCUAAAUGUCCAAUGAGUAUCCGGAGAUGAGGUCGGGGGGAAUUUUAUAUUUACAUAGAAUGUGUAGGCUUUGCUUAUGUUUGAUAUAUCUAUAAAAUCUCCAAAUUGAAUGAAAGCCUUUUCAUACCAAAUUGACCUGAAAAAUUGUGAACAAAAUUUUAAAUCAUGUUCUCACAUGAUUUGAAAUUGGUCCAAUAAUAUGAAGAAAGAAGGGAUCGUUGUAGUUAUUAUUUUUAAAAAUUUAUUCAUUUUUAGUACACUUUGCUUUAUGAAUCAUCUUGGGAGAAAAAAAUCAGAGCAAAAGGGAAAAACCAUGAGAGAGAAAGAAAACAUAAAAAAGAAGUGAACAUAGUGUGUGCUGAUUUACAUUCAAACUCCAGAGUUCUUUUUGUGGACGCUUAUGGCAUAGAAAGGAUCAUUUUAAAAAGCAUCUGUAUCACCUGCUUGGGACCCAGGAGUCCUGACUUCCUGGCAUCUGCUCCCGCAGAGGAUCCUUUUGUGUUUCAAUGAGUGAAGGUCCUUUAGGGAAGAAUAACAAGACGGAGGGAAAGGCCUCUGUAAUGUGCAAAUGUUUCCAGUUUGGAAGAGAGGAUCAAAGUGGUGGGAGAGCAAAUCUGGGGUCCAGACUGCAGGGAGGACAUCUGAUGGGGUUAGGGAGGAAAAUGACUGGGAGAAAAAGCCCAUGGGCUUCUUUCUGCUCAGUAGGAGGAGGGUCAGGGACUCAGUAGGGGAAGGUUGUAUGAGGAAGACUUGUAGAUGAGAGGCUGGUGGGUGGUGGCCCAGAUGGAUUCAAGCCUUGAGGUGGAGUUUGGAGGUUAUGCCAGUGGUCAGAGCAUUCCCCAUGAUGGAGGGCAGGUCUUGGGUGCGAGAGCUGGCAGAGUGAGGGCCUGACUCUGGGAGGCAGUGAAGGCUUCCUAGACCCCUUGGCCUCUGUCCCUGUCCCCACUUAUUUCAGAGCCCUCUGUCCUUGCCAGCAAACUGAAUCCCAGACAGGAUUGUGUCUCCCAGCCCCAGGCCAAAUUUGGUCAUUCCUGGCAGGCCCAUCCCAGAGCUCCCUAGCCCCCACCCCCCAAACAGUUCAAACAGUGUAGCCCAGAAUCUGUGUGGGCUGAAAGAGGGAAGAGGGGAUUCAGAGAAAGUAGAGGCUCAAUGGGAAGAGAUACUCCUGAUUCAGGGCCAUCAAGGCUCUCAUCCUAUCUGGGGUCCCCAAGCACUUUCUGCCUCCUGGGUCUGUGUAGAUCAAAAAGAAUCAGGAAGAGAGAGAGAAAAAGUCUUCCUGUUCAGAGACCCCCUUGCUGUCUCCCUUCUGCAGCUGGUGGGAGUCUCCCCACUUGGGAUGGGCUAGGGGCUUUGUAAUGCUGGAAGGUCCCACCCUCUGUAAAUUCCCCAGGCCAGCCUCCUGCUCCUCCAGGGAAAGAAGCGUCCCCCGAAGUCCUGUUCCCGACUCGGCCUGCAGAGGACCAGGCCUGGCCCCGGCAGCCAUGGCCCCUGAGAGGUGCAGAUCCCGGCCACAGGCUUUGGUGACCUUCCAGGAUAUAGUCGUGGACUUCACCCCAAAGGAGUGGGGCCUCUUGGACCCUUCUCAGAAGGAGCUGUACAAGGAGGUCACGCUGGAGAAUGUCCAGAAUCUGCUCUCCCUGGGACUUCCUCUUCCCAGAGAAGAUUUGCUCUCCCAUUUUGAGCGAGGGGAAGGUCCGUGGAUGCUUGAGCGAGCAGACCCCAGAGGCCCCUGCCCAGAUGGAAAGACCAUGCUGAACAUUUCUUUGGAAGGAGCACAACAGCAAAGAUUCAUGAAAAAUGGUCACCAUGACUUCAAUUUGAGGGAAACCUGUAACUUUGGUAUCAAAACAGAGAAAAAUCAAAAGAAUCACCGUGACUUUGAUAAAAAUGAAAAAUUCAGACAAUAUUCAGUUCUAAUUCGCUAUAAGAAAAUGAUAUCAGGGAAUGAUUCUUCUCAAGAUGGUAAAUAUAGGGAAUGCUCUACUGAACCAGUAGAGAUUGUUAAGUCUCUUGAGAAGCUUCCUGAAGGGCACACUUACCAGUAUGAGAUGGCCUUCAGCUUGAAUUCAGACCUUAUUGGACCUCAGAACAGUCAUACUGGAGAGAUGCUUUGUAUCUAUAAUGACGGUGAAAAGGCCUUCAAUCCUAACUCAAAGCUCAUUGGACACCAGAAAGUCCACGAUGCAGAGGAACAUUACAGGUGCAUUCAAUGUGGCAGAGCCUUUAAGCGCCAGUCAUCCCUUGUUUCCCACCAGAGAAUUCAUACUAGAGAGAAAUCUUAUGAGUGUCGUGAAUGUGGUAAAACUUUUAGUGAAAAGGCCUCCCUUACUGUACAUCGGAGAAGCCACCGAGGAAAGAAACUUUACGAGUGUAGUCAGUGCAGGAAAACUUUCCGGCAGAGAUGCAGUCUGGUUGAACAUCAGAGAAUCCACACUGGGGAGAAGCCUUAUGAGUGUAGCGAAUGUGGAAAGACCUUCAGACACAGCUCCAGUCUUGCUGAGCAUCAGAGGAUCCACACUGGGGAGAAGCCGUUUGAAUGCGGUCAGUGUGGAAAGAGCUUCCGACAGAGCUCCAAUCUCGCCGAGCAUAAGAGGAUCCACACUGGGGAGAAGCCCUAUAAGUGCAAGCAGUGUGGGAAGUGUUUCAGACACAGCUCGAGCAUCGCUAAUCAUCGGAAAAUCCACACCGGGCAGAAACCUUAUGAGUGUAAUCAGUGCGGGAAGACUUUCAGGUGCAACUCGAAGCUUGCCCUACACCAGAGGAUCCACACUGGAGAGAAGCUGUAUGAGUGCAGUGACUGUGGAAAGACUUUCACAAACACCUCCCAUCUUGCUCUGCACCAGAGAGUCCACACUGGAGAGAAGCCUUACGAAUGUAAACAAUGUGGAAAGGCCUUCACGCAGAGCUCCAGCCUCGCUAAGCACGAGAGGAUCCACACCGGAGAGAAGCCCUAUAAAUGUAAUCAGUGUGGAAAGACUUUCAGACAGAGCUCCAAUCUUGCUGAGCAUAAGAGAAUCCACACUGGAGAGAAACCUUAUGAAUGUGAUCACUGUGGAAAGACUUUCAGCUUCAACUCCAAACUCGUUCUCCAUCACAGGAUCCACACCGGAGAGAAGCCUUAUGAAUGUAACGAAUGUGGAAAGACCUUUAGACUCAGCUCCCAUCUUGUUCUCCAUCACAGGAUCCACACUGGAGAAAAACCUUAUGAAUGUAACCAGUGUGGGAAGACCUUCCGGCAGCAGUCAUCCCUUAUUUCCCAUCGAAGAAUUCAUACGAGAUAGAAAUCUUUUCCCUCUACUGAAUGAGGAAAGGCGUUCAAAUGGAGCAUAGAGAUUGUUGGCCACCAAAAGAUUCAGGGAACAAUCUCUGUGUGGGCUCAAUGUGGGAAGACCUCCAGCCCAAGAUCAUCGGGAUUUGCCGUGAGCACUCAUAAAUGUACCACCUGAGGACAUGCCUUUUGAUGGAAGAGGGAUGUCCCUAGACACCACAAUAUUCAUACUGAAAAGAAGACUUACAAAAGCAAUGAUUGUCGGAAAAUCUUGACAUGGAGCUCAGACUUGACUGUACAUUGGAGAAAUUGGGGAUGGAGAUAAAACUUCUGGGCCUAAUUAACAAGGGAAGAACUUUUGCUUGAACAUAGACUUAAUUAGACACCUCAAAUUUCAAAAUGUGCAUAAAGCUCUAUAAAUAGAAUGAAUUUUCCCAUGAAAUAUUGUUUUUAGUACGCUUUAAUUAUAUUCCAUAGCAUCCAGCUACCAUAAUUUCAUCUGCCAUUUCCCAUCAUUUAAUACUUGUUUCCUGUUCUUUGUUAACACAAAAAAUCUGGUAUGAAUAUUUUGGUAAUUGUUGGGCAUUUCUUUUCGUAGUGAUAUCUUUAUUCUGGUAGAUGGCCCAGUGAAUAGAGUGCUGCUCUGGAAGCUACAAGAUCUGAAUCCAAAUUCAGUCUAACACUUACUAGCUGUGUGACCCCACGCAAAUCACUUACUCUAUUACUGCCUCAGUUUCCCUCAUCUAUUGUAAAAUGUGUAUACUGAUAACACCUACCUCUUAGGAUUUAUGUAAGGAUCAAAUGAAAUAAUACCUGUAAAGUACUUUGCAAACAUUAAAUCAGUAUUUAAAUGCUAGUUAUUCUCAUAAUUCCUUGGGUCAUAAUUCUCAUAGUGGACUUAAGGGCUAAAAGAUUGGACAGUUAUUCACGUUCUUAUCAUUGAAAUUGAUAUUCAGAACACUGCAGAGGAAGGCAGCAUGUUGUAAUGAUAGGGCACUGAGUUUAGUCUGGAAGAUUUUAGUUCAAAUCCUGCCUCUGAUGUUCCCUAGCUGUGUUAACUGUCCAAUGAAUUAUCUCUGUCCCAAUUUACUCGUCUCUAAAAUGAGGUAGUUCUCAAUGACUUCUCUGGUCCUUUCCAAGUACAAAUCAGUGUUCCCUUGAAAACUGUCCACAGCCUCUUACAAGAUCCUGCAGAAUAUCCAGAAGGAGACCUAGCUGGACCAGAUCUCCAUUGCAUUCAUCCCCUGAGCCAGGUCUCAGUCCUAGAUUACUGACUCAGGGUAGGGAGGAGUGCUAGCACGCUAGCCUAUCGCCAGUGGGGACCCUGCCAGGGUAGCACAGGCCAGGAGCGUAGUCAAAACAGCUUUCCUUAGGUCGUAACUGACAAUUUACAGACCCCCCACGCUGCACAAAAAUUCUGAAGCUUGGAACAGUGCCCCCUCCACCUUGAGAACAGCCCAAUUUUAAAAGUUAAAAAAGAGAUGGGGAAAAUGAGGAAAUAACUGGGAAUAAAUCCUGACCAGAGAAAAUUAUGGUGAUAGGGAAGUCAGAAGACAACAGUCAAAACUAUUAUAUCCAAGCCUCAAAUUGAUAUGUGAAUUGGUCUCAGCGCAAAAGGUAUAAUUGAAAGAGCUCCAAAGGAAUUUUUAAAAUCAAAUAAGAGGAAAAAUGGGGGAAAGAAAUGAUAGUAAUGCAAAAAAAAAAAAUGGGAAAAAGAAUCAGCAAUUUGGUAAAGGAGACACCAAAAAAUAUUGAAGAAAAUAAAAAAACUUUUUAAAAAAAGGAAUAGGUAAACAUUAAGAGGCACAAAAAUUCACUGAAGAAAAGAAUUCCUUAUAAAGUAGAACUGACCAAAUAGAAAAGGAGGUAUGAAAACUCACUGAAAAAAAUACUUUCUUAAAAAUUAGAAUUGUGUAAGUCAAAGCUAAUGACUGCAUGAGACAUCAAGAAACAACAUAAUGAUCAAAAGAAUGAAAAGAUAGAAGAAAAUGUGAAAUAUUUCAGUGGAAAAACAAUUGAUUUGAAAACUGGGAUGGAGGAGAGAGAAUAUAAGAACUAUUAGAAUACUUGAAAGCCAUGAUUUAAAAAAAAGAAAAGCCUAGCCAACAUUUUUCUUUUCUUUUUUUAAAAUUCAUUUUUUAAACUUAAAUACAAAAUAAUAAAAAUAAAUUCCAAGUGCAUAGCAGAACAUGAGAGGAUCCAAUAUAAAAGAAUGUUUCCAUUUCACAAAAAAAUUAAUAAAUCCUACACAUUGUUUUCAAAGGAA